GGGGUACGACUCAGUCACUAGCAGUCACCGACUAGCAACGCUGGAGUGAACUUCGUACAACCAGGUUCUACGCAUCGACAAGCCCGUCAAGAUCGUUCCCUCAUCUGUAGCCGUAUUGUUUUGUUCUGUAGAAACGGGAGGCGUCGUUGUUACAUCCAGACAUUUUUUCGUGAGUUACGACUGUCGCUCAACUUAAUUCUACCCGUCCCUAGCCCACGGUCAACCGUCACUCCAACAAGUGGUAGAAAUUCCUCCGCAGAACUUUGCCUGAAAUUUUUCUGAUUUCAAGGUGCUCGCUGAACUUGUCGGUCCAACCUUCCUCAGACUGGUGAGGAUAAGUGAGAGAGAUCGUCCGUCUGAGAGGAAAAGUUAGCUGUGACGCAGUUUGAAAAUCGUUACCGUUAGUUUCGUCUAGUCAGUCCGCCGCCAUCAUGCCAGACUUCGAGAGCAUGUCGCUUGUCCAGAUGCAGGAAGAACUGUCCCAGAUAACUCACGGUUUCGCCGAAGACAUCGCGCCCAGCUCCCCCGAGCUGACGACCGAGAGCGACGCCAGUCGGAGCGAGCAGGACAAGCCGAGGAAGCCCAAGAGAAGGAGACGGAUGCUGACGGGAGUGAGCAAGCAGCGUCGGGCCGCCAACGCGCGGGAAAGGCGCCGCAUCCAGGGGGUCAACAUGGCGUUCGUAGAGCUGCGACAGAACCUGCCUGUCUUGUCCAAGGUUGAGGUAUCAAAGAUAGAAAUCCUGCGCCUGGCGUCCAAGUGGAUCGCGCACCUGACCACCGUGCUGCUGCAGGAUGACGAGCGGCGGGGGUGGGACUCCUGCUCCGAGGACGGGUCCGGCAGCAGCGAUGGUGACGGCGAGGCGGCCAGCCUGCAGCCCAAGUCUACACUCAAACCAGAGAUCCGAGAAAACCUGGAUGACAUCUACACCAUCCGUGAUGACGACACCGACAACUUCGUCAUCUGCAGAACGGGCGAAGAGGACGAGCUGGAGCAUGCGCAGGGCCUGUCCAUGACGUCAUCCUUCUCGCCUGCCCUCCCCCUUUCCACAGUCACAUGCUGACGUCAUUCAAUGUCACGACUACCACAAAGUUCGGAGUGCCAAAAUGAAGACUCUACAGUUCCCAUGAUUCCACACGACUCCCAAGGAUGGCCGACGGAGACACCCUACAGAAAUGGCGGGAAAGAUCACCCGGGCGGAAAAAAAUCGUCUGCAAAUCAAACGUCACUGUCAGGGAAUCUCUCUGUCACCUUUCAAACACAAGGUUUUCUCUCUGAGCAAUUUUGUAUUCAAACAAGUAGUUCGGAACAUAUAUAAUAGAAAGGCAAAACACAAAUGUUGUUUCUCAAUAGCUGAUCAUUCCGAAUGUGUAUAUAUUGUUAUCAUCAAAAGACAUAGCAAAUGUAAAGAUAGUGAAAUAGUGUUUGAAUAUAUAUGAAUAUAUAGACCAGAUGUACCCAUCAGUUCUCUACAAGGUCAUGUUAUAUAGUAAAUGUGUCAAGGAUAUGCUUUAGACUAGGAUGAACACUUGUGACUAGAAGACCUUACAAGGUACUCUAUUGUAAGAUAGUCUUGUUUGAUGUUAUGAAUAUCGUUGUUUGUAAAUAAGAAAUAAGAUAUAUUUCUAUAGCCCAAUUUGCGAGCCAAUCUUGAUACGACAAAAUUGCGCUAAGGACAAUGUUAUGUUUACCAAAAUAGGAAGUUUUGACGACGUUUGAAUCAACUGAUGUAUUCUUUUCGGCCACUUGGAAGAAAUCUCCAACAUCUUCAUUGUUUGAAUCUAUCUGUUAAUCGACGUUUGAAGAUAAUGCAACACCUGCAAGUUAUGUUAAGUCAAUAAAUGUUUUUAUUUGGUCCUUAAGAA